AUGCGGGAAGCCAUAGGUACCCAAAAGGGCAAAACUAACCACAGAAGGGAAUUCACAGGUCCUCGCUUUACAAGCAAAAUAUCCGGCGAUGCAUACGUUGGGAUAGAUAUCGCCAAGGGCCAUGAAACGUCUGAUACCUACGGUGUCACUCUCACUAAUGGAAAGGACGGGAACGUCGUCUUCGCGAUCUACAACAUGCAAUACAGUGAUGCAUGGAUCCUUAACUCCGACACUUACUAUAAUGCAAUGAUUGCACCUCUGGGUAACCAUGCGAAAUGUGAUGUAUCCUUGGGGAAGAGGGAUAACUGUUGGGGAUCUAAGCACAAUGACUACGAGGGUAGCUAUUAUAAGGUGGGCAAGAUUGGCGCUUUUGGAAGCGAGGUCUAUGCUUCUAAUUAG